AUGGCCACGGUUCUGGAAACUCUACUUCUCCUUGUGGCUGUGGUUGCGGCACAGAACAACUGCUCUAUUGUCCCAAUCUAUGUCGAUUUCCACGUCAGAGCCGUCGACGGUGGGGUCAACGAGCAAUAUGGAUUGUUUACCGGGGCUGGCUUCCCAGUAUCACAGAACAUGUCGCACUGGCCGUCGUUAUCGAACAACGAAACAACAGUGGCCAGCCUUGACUACUGCACGAACAGUCCUUUCGAAGACUGUUUAAACCACGCCCAUGGAUUCUACUCACCAGACUUGUCACAAAACUACUCCUCAGGGUCAUCAUAUCAGUCACUCGAUAGUUAUGGCUCGAUACCCGCCACUAUCCUCCAAACAGCACUCGAUACAUUCAACCUCUUCACGCAUUACUACGACCCCUCUCCACCAAAUAUCACUCGGAUCCCAAGUUUCCCCCUUACGGUCCUGUCAAACUACUCUGCCAGCACGUCUCCUUGGUUUGGUCCCGCAGGUCUGCUGGGCCUUGGACCAAAAAGCACGCUAUUGGACCAUCUAUACGCUCUCCAGUUGAUCUCGUCGCGGUCAUUUGGUCUGUACAUGGGCACUGCCUAUGAACAAGCAAAUGGCGUAAUCAACGGCUCUCUGACCUUGGGUGGCUACGAUUCGGGUCGGUUUCAGGGCGACGUGCAUAAUUUCACCAUAAGCCCCGCUCAAUCAGACGCCGAACACAGCCCCUUUGUGGUUUCUGUCGGGCAGAUGACGUUGACUGCCUCUGAUGGGACCACGACAGAUCUCCUCACCGAGGCCUUCGACGCCCAUCUCACCACAUCGCAAUACCACCUCAACCUCCCCAGCGAUGUGACGCGGAAAUUCUCCCAGCAAACGGGCGCGACAACUUCAAAUGAUGGCCUUGAAGUCUUCCGUCUCCCAGACGACUUUGAUUCCACAUUGACCAUCACCCUUGAGUCGGGAAUGAGUGUCACGUACGAGUCGGACUGGCUUAAGAACGUGUCCAACGAUUCCCCAAUCUCUACAGGGUCGGUCUCAAAUACAUCGACAAACCAGACAGUCAACUUCUUCGGUACCGCAUUCCUCUCUCAACUCUAUUUCAUCGCCAACUACGACUCCUCGCCACCGACAUUCCACCUCGCGAAUGCCCUGCCACAUGCGCCCUACGUCUUCACCCAGACUCUGUGUCCCAACACCGUCCCAACACCCGCUCCGAAAUCCAAUCUGUCCAGCUUCGGCACCUCUGGCUUGACAGGAGCGAUCUUGGGCGGCGUUGUUGGAGGAAUUGGGCUCUCCUUUGUCAUCUUCUGGCUGUUCCGAAAAUGGAUGCAGCGACGCAUGUGGCGGGAGCAGGCGGAACAAGCCAUGAAAGGAAAGGGGAUUGACAGUGCGUCCACAAUCACCGUGACGGCAGGCAAAGGGAAAGAGUCGCCGUCUUCCUUCUCCUCCGCCAGCCACGAUGAGGAAGCACAGAGAGGAGGCGGCGGUGGCGGCAGAGAGUUCGCGUUUGACUUUAGCUCGCAACAACACCAUGCCUACCACAAUUUCCUACAGAGCGCAACACAGCAGCAGCGUCAACCACAACAACCACAACAACAGGAUCAUCAACCCGCAAAUAGAGAAAUACAGAGCACUGCAGCUGCUCACGACGCGGUCUCCCCCAUCUCGUACAGCUCCAUGCCCGUCACACAGUACGCCCGCUCGUUCACACGAGACUCAUACUCCAACUCGCCACUCACGCCUGCAACGGGUGUUCCCUUGCUAUUGUCGCAGCAGCCGACCGGGCAGCUGCAACACUCGGAGGCUCGGCCGCCGACGGCAGACUCGUCCUUUCCACCUUCAUCCUUUCCAUCGUCGACGGCCUUUGCGCCGCUGACGUUGACGCACACAAACCUCUCCCUCGAGGACCCGACGUCCACCUACCCCUUCGGCGCGGGCCAGAGUCGGGGCGAGGACGACGACUCGUUCCGAGCCCGACAGGCUAAGCUGCGCGGACGCGAGAUGGUGUUGAAUGUGCAGACCGAGUUUGCGCCGCCGCCAACGAGGACCUUUAGAUCCUCGUCCUCCUCGUCCUCUACGGACAGCAAGGCGGCGAGAAAGGCGGCGGGCAAGGAAGGCCGGAAGAUGGAGAGUAUGUUGAAGAAAGUCUUCUCUCCUCCGGCCUAG